GGUUCCAGAACUGCCAACUGCCUGGCCCAGGUCAGCUGCCUCCACACAUGGGGAACAGCCACUGCGUUCCUCAGGCCCCGAGGAGGCUGCGGGCCUCCUUCUCCAGAAAGCCCUCACUGAAGGGAAAUAGAGAGGACAGCGCGAGGAAGCUGGCCAGCCUGUUUGGUACUGAAGCUAGUCCCGACGGGGACGCGGCAACAGACAAGAUCUUCCAUUACAUCCCUGGGACGGACAUUACAGUCUUGGAGAAUCAGCCUGAAAACCUGGAACAGCCAUUCCUGAGCGUAUUCAAGAAGGGGCGGCGGCGGACACCUGUGAGGAACCUGGGCAAAGUUGUACACUAUGCCAAGGUUCAGUUGCGGUUCCAGCACACCCAGGACAUCAGUGACUGCUACCUGGAACUGUUCCCUUCCCACCUCUACUUCCAAGCCCAUGGUUCUGAAGGACUCACACUCCAGGGGCUGUUACCACUAACAGAGUUGAGCAUCUGCCCACUGGAGGGGUCCAGAGAGUAUGCCUUCCAGAUCACAGGUAUGUGGAUGGGUCUCCUACCCCAAACCUGGGGUCUGUGUGAAACCCUUGGAAAGGGGACUUUCCUCCAAGCUCAGCCCCUCCAGCCCACUCAGCUCCUCCACCCCUCAGGCCCGCUGCCUGCUCCCCUCCUCGUUCUCUGCCACAGUGAGGCCGAGCUCAACCGUUGGCUCUACCACCUGGAGAAACAGAUGGCCCUUGUUGGGGGACUACGGCGUUGCCACUCUGCACCCCCUCAGGGAUCCACUGGGGAUGAGCUCCUCUGGAGUCUGCAGCGCAGACUGACCCAGCUGCAGAGGGCAUCAGGGCAGGAAUCAGUGGGUAGCGCCAUCUGUGCAUCAAGGGUCAAGCUGCAACACCUUCCCUCCCAGGAACAGUGGGAUCGACUCCUGGUCCUAUACCCUGGAUCUCUGGCCAUUUUCUCUGAGGAGCCAGAUGGGCUAGGCUUUAAGGGUGAGCUGCCACUGAGUGCCAUCCACAUCAACCUGGAGGAAAAGGAGAAACAGAUCCGCUCCUUCCUGAUUGAAGGCCGCCUCAUCAACACCAUCCGUGUGGUGUGUGCCAGCUACGAGGACUACAGCCAUUGGUUACUCUGCCUCCGCACAGUCUGCCACAAGGACGGGCACCCCCUGCUGCCUGGGCCCUCCCUGAUGGCCGGCCCUCCGAGCUCCCCAGGGCUUCAGGGGCCCACACAAAUCAGUUGGGAUUCAGGGUGCCCAGUGUCCUCUUCCUAUACCAGCUGCUCCCUGCCCGAGUCCUUAAAAACAUCCUGUACAGGCUGCCCUGCCCAGCUUGCACCUGACCUGGCCAACUCUGACUGUGCCAACAUUGGCCAACGGAGGACAGAGCUGAGGCGUAGCAGCAGCAGCCGAUCACCCAGAAGCAGAGGGGAAGUGCGUAGCAGGGCCACUCCACAGCCCUUGCGCCUAGACCUGACCAAGGUCAAAGGACCAGACUUGGAAAACAACCCAGAAGCUCCAGACCACUCUUUGGACAUACCACACUCCCCGCUCUAUGCUGAUCCCUACACACCACCUGCCACCUCCCAUCGCAAGAUCACAGACGUUCAAGGCCUGGAUGAGUUUCUCAGUGCUAUGCGAACUUCGCCCGGACCAGAGCCAUCUAGCCUGUUCUCUUCAGUGCCUGUCUCUGACUCUAGCUCCAGACUCUCCAGCACCCCUGGUCUCCUGGACCCCUAUUUGCUUUCCAACAAAAGAGUGCCACAGUCUCGUGCCUCUCAGAGACAACGAGGCUCUGUCAAAGGCCAGGGGUCACGUCCCCCAGACUCUCCACAGCUUGUGAUUAACAGCCCCCACCUGGUUACCUCUGCAAGGGAAGAUUCACCCAGUCCCCUACAACUUCCUCCAGAUAGAGAGUCCCUGCUCUGGGAGAAGGCUUCAUCUCCCUCCCACCAGAAGUGGCCACAACUUAGGAGGCCUGAGGCAGAGCGGGGGCUCAUCCAGUGGAUUUGAUGGCCCGUAGGCAACCUGCUCUUCAGAACCACCUAUCAGUGCCAACCUGGAGGGGUAUCUGCAGCCAUCCUGCUCCUCUGACCCACUUCAGAUCCAAGUUAAUCUGACUUCAGCAGAUCAAGGGCUUCCUCAGAACUCUGAGAGUGGCAGCAGUGCCUGGGUUCUGUGCCCCUCUGCCUCACCAGCAACUGCAAAGGCCAGAAGAAGCACCUCAUCCUAGUGAUAUCAUAGUCAGCAUCAAUGACAGCUCAGGAAGAGACAUUGAGGAGGCCUGGACACCUACAAGAGCCGUACCUAAGCUCCGUCCUCUGGGAAGGGAGGGAGAGAGGACUGGUGGUGGGCUUUACUUGGAAGUGGGAUGGUAACAUGAAUAUGGGGUUAAGAAAGUCAGAUUGUCAGUAUAUGAGAUCAGAGGGCAUGAGGGUAAAAGGUCCAAUAGGGUCAGAGGUUGUCAAGAGCAGAUGUGGGGGCUGGGAACAUGGCCUAG